AUGACCACACAAGAGCUAACAAAACAACAGAUAGGAUUCUUUGAGAGGUGUGAAGAGUGCUACCACCUUAUUCAGAAUUUUUUGAAUGAUUCCUUACCCAACGGGUUAGUACCACUAAGGCACAAGAAAUAUGAAUUUGAUCCUUCUCUUAGGCAAGCUGUGAAGGACAAGAUUAAAUCAAGUAUGGACAAGUUAGAGAAAUCUAUAGAUCUUCACGGGUUAAAGGAGAUAGCAAUAUCGUACAAUGGAGGAAAGGACUGCUUGGUUAUGUUGAUCUUGCUUUUGGCAUCCAUUUACAAAAAGUUUCUCGGGACCCACGAGGCAAACCGAGGUGAAAAUUUCUACUCCAGUGGAAUAACACCUCAUGAUUACAAGCUUGACUCCGUUUACGUCAAUGCGGAGACCCCCUUCCCCCAGUUGACGGAGUUUAUAAAUCAGUCUACACAGUAUUAUCACUUGAACCCGAUAUUUAUUAUAGACUCAAUGAAAUGUGGAUUUGAACACUACUUAAACGAGGUGAAUACAAACAUCAAAUCAGUUAUAGUGGGAAUUAGGCAUACUGAUCCAUACGGUGCCCAGCUCCAAGAAGAACAAUACACCGAUAGUAACUGGCCCAGAUUCUUGAGGAUUCACCCCAUACUAGAUUGGAAGUACGUGGAAAUCUGGGACUUCUUGGUCGGCAGUGACGUCAGCUACUGUACCUUGUAUGAUGAAGGGUAUACAAGCUUGGGUGGUGUGAAUACAACAGUUCCAAACCCAGAAUUAUUGAUUUCCGAAAGCGACAAUAAGUACCUGCCCGCAUACAUGUUGAAAGAUAACGCUGAUGCCUCGGAGAGGCUCGGCAGGGUGAAACUGGAUACAUAG